AGGUCAGUCCAGCCCAUUGGUCGACCCGCCCAGUUUCAGCGAGAUUCCAACUCAAUCUGAGACACAAAUACAGCAGGCACACAGGCGCUCCCAACCAAGCCUCCUUUAGAACGGCCAGUUGGGGAGUCCCGUUCAACUAUAUUCCUGAUUUCUCUUCCAUUGCAGGUCGGACGCAGAUUAUUUUCUCCAAAAUGCUGCUUUUGCUCCUGGGAAUCAUCGUGCUCCACGUAGCAGUGCUGGUACUUCUUUUCAUCUCCACUAUUGUCAGUCAAUGGAUCAUAGGACCUGGGCAUGCAACUGAUCUCUGGCAGAAUUGUACCAUUCAGUCUUCAGGCAAUGUCCAACACUGUUUCUCAUCAUCUCCAAAUGAAUGGCUGCAAUCUGUCCAAGCCACCAUGAUCCUUUCCAUUAUAUUCAGUGUCCUUUCCUUGUUCCUGUUCUUCUGCCAACUUUUUACUCUCACCAAGGGUGGACGGUUUUAUAUCACUGGAAUCUUCCAGAUCCUCUCUGGAAUUAAAGUUUCCCUUGGAGAACAGUGGGAGGAUAAGAAGCUAGAAAUAUCCACCUUUAUGAAGCUCCCAUGCCACAUGGUAAGGACAACCCUCACCAUACCUAAUUAGGGUGCAUAGUGUCUUAGAUCAUAGAAGAUAUCAAAAAUUGUUUUAUUUCUUGCACAUAAUUCUUAUUUUGGAGAAGUCUGAGAAGUCAGGAAGACCCGGGAUAGAGUCUAGUUCUUUAUGUUGAUCAUAUGGCCCAGAAUUCUGCAUUUUCACUGUCGGUGUCUUUUUUUUUUUUUAAACCCUUGUACUUUGGUGUAUUGUCUUAUAGAUGGAAGAUUGGUAAGGGUGGG